AGUACAGCCUUCGCUCACACAUCCAUACUACUCAAAGGCAGGAAAUGCUUUCUAGGCAGUGCGGGUCUGGCGGCGGAGGCCCCCUUGCACAAAACAUCAGUCUGAAUUUAGGAGACAGAAGUCACUAGGAGAGAGUUGACAGAACUCGGCGAGCCCAAGGCCGUCUCCAGCUGCCCGGCCCGGAGCGGAUGGGGGGCCGAGGUGGGCGGGGGAAGGGGGCCGGGUCCGAACCGCACAUCUAGAACGACGGCUCAUACCAGAGGAGCGAUCUUCCCCCGCCGAGGAACCGGGGUGGACGUGGUGGGAGAAACCAACGGGGAUGGAUUUCGGACCCGACCCGGGGAUUUAGGACAGCCUGGCCUUUCCUUUCCACCUCCUCGCCGGUUCGAUGCUGAGGCGAGGACGCGUCCCUCGCCCCCGGCCCCCCGCGCCGGGCCGCCUCGCUCCGGAACCAUCCGCCCGCUCCGGUCCCGGAGGACGAUGACAUGUCUCUGGCCGUCCGGAAGAGAAGCUGGGAGGAGCAUGUGACCCAGGGCAUGGGCCCGCCAUUCAAUCCGGACGACUACGCGGCCGGCUGCCACCAUGGGCUCGUAGCCGACCGGGCGCUGGCCGCCAUGGACGGGGACGGGGCCCCACGGGCGGACUGCCGGGAGAGGUGCUCCUCCCUGCCGGACCAGCCCCGCCGGGGCCCCAAGGGUGUGGACGGACCCCAGGACCUCGGCGGCCGCGACCAGGCCGGAGGCCUGGAGGCCAGCACGGAGACGCUGGUCCACGUGUCCGACGGGGAGGACGGGCCGGAGCCCGGACCGGACGUCGGGCCACCCCCAGUGGAGGAUGUGGGCGUGGAAGCGAACCGGGCGUCUCCGCCAGGGCCCCCGAGCGGGAACCCCGAGGCCUCAAGGGCUCGGCCUGACGUGAAGACCGGACGCCGGGCCGUAGAGGCCCCCGAGCCCAGCCUCGGGGGGCUCCCCUCGGCCCCCUCCGGCACCAGGACGUCACCCGGGAACGGUCUGGACGAGAGCGGCUUCCUAGACGGGCGAGCGGGCCCUCCGGACGGGCACGUGGCCGAGGUCGGCGACGGGGAGGGCGGGCCCGGCCUGGAGCCGGCCCACGGCCCCGUGAGGCUGCGCAAGAGGAAGGAAUCGGGCAGGGAAGACCGCCGCUGUUCUCGCCUGGACUCCAUGGUCCUCCUCAUCAUGAAACUGGACCAACUGGACCAGGACAUCGAGAGCGCCCUCAGCGCCAGCUCCUCGCCGCCCGGCUCCUCGCCCCCUGGCACCUCACCAUCGGGCACACCCACGUGCCCGCGGCGCCACGCCCCGGCCUCGACGGCGGUUUCAGAGAAGGAGAAGUCUGAAAUCGAGGCCAAGGAGGCUUGUGAUUGGCUGCGGGCGACGGGCUUCCCUCAGUACGCCCAGCUGUACGAAGAUCUCCUGUUUCCCGUGGACGUCGCGUCGGUCAAGAGGGAGCACGACUUCCUGGAUCGGGAUGCCAUCGAGGCCUUGUGCAGGCGCCUGAACACCUUGAACAAAUGUGCAGUGAUGAAACUGGAAAUCAGCAGACACAGGAAGAGGAGCGAGGACUCGGACGAGGACGAGCCCUGCGCCAUCAGCGGCAGGUGGACGUUCCAGCGGGACAGCAAGCGGUGGUCUCGGCUGGACGAGUUGGACGCCUUCGCCGCCGCGGGGACCCCGCCGCCCCCGCCGGGACCCCCGGGCGACCCCGAGAAGGCGGCGGGCGGGCCCGGUGAGCGCCGGGGAGGCCCGGCCCCGGGGCCCGACCGCCCCUCGCCCCGCGGGCCCGGCGCCAAGGCCGGCGAGAAGAGCGCCAAGUCGAAGACGCGGGGCUUCCUCAAGCGGAUGGAGAGCCUGAAGGCGCGGGGCGGACCCGCGGCCAAGGCCAAGGCCAAGGCCCCUCCCGGGCCCGGCCUGCUCAUCAGCGGGCCGGUCCUGCGCGAGGGGGCCGAGCGGCUGCAGCGGCUGCGGUGCGUGGAGAUCGCGGCCCUGUCCGGGAGUCGAGAGCGGAGCGUGUCCGGCGGGGGCGGCCAUUCGGAGGCGGCCAGCGCGGCCAGCACGCCCAGCCCAGUCGCUCGGACGCGCAGCCUGAGCGCCUGCAGCAAGCGGGCCGGCAUGUACCUGGAGGGCUUCGACCCCUUCAACCAGUCCACCUUCCCCAGCGUCCUGCGCCAGAACCUGGGCGCCCCACGCCGGGACCCCGCCGACCCCAUCUUCUACGUCCCCGAGGACCACAAGCCGGGCACCUUCCCCAAGGCGCUGAGCAACGGCCGGCCGGAGGCCGCGGGGCCCGGCCCGGGGGACGGCGGGCCACGGAGGCACGGCUCGGCCGGCUCGACGGGCAGCCGCCUGAGCGUCUACGACAACGUCCCCGGCCCGGCGGGGGACCUGGGGAUGGGCGACCCGGGGGCGGACGAAGUCUUCCCCGAGCUGGACGACGUCCUUUCACACGUGCGGGGCCUGCAGAGGGCCGUGAACCAGUGGUCGGAGAAGCUGUCGGACGAGGGCGACUCGGACUCGGCCCUGGACUCGGUCUCCCCGUGCCCGUCCUCGCCCCAGCAGACCCGCCCGGACCGGGACGGCCGGCGGACGCCCAGCGACCUGGACAGCACGGGCACCUCGCUGCUGGAGCCCGAGGAGUCGGCCGACCCCCGGGAACGGAGGGACUCCGGGGUCGGGGCCUCGCUGACCCGCUGCGACAGACACCGGCUGCGCUGGUCCAGCUUCCACAGCUCCCACCGGCCCAGCCCGGGCUCCGCGGGCCUGCAGAUCGGCUGCCAGUCUGUCGCCCAGAUGAACCUCCUCCAGAAGUACUCGCUGCUGAAGCUGACGGCCCUGCUGGAGAAGUACACGCCCUCCAACAAGCACGGCUUCAGCUGGGCCGUGCCCAAGUUCAUGAAGAGGAUGAAGGUCCCGGACUACAAGGAGCGCAGCGUGUUCGGGGUACCCCUGCCGGUGAACGUGCAGCGGACCGGCCAGCCCCUGCCCCAGAGCAUCCAGCAGGCCAUGCGCUACCUCCGCAGCCAAUGCCUGGACCAGGUGGGCCUGUUCCGCAAGUCGGGCGUCAAGUCGAGGAUCCAGGCCCUGCGGCAGAUGAACGACGGCCCCGCGGGCGGCGUGAGCUACGAGGGCCAGUCGGCCUACGACGUGGCGGACAUGCUCAAGCAGUAUUUCCGGGACCUCCCCGAGCCGCUCAUGACCAACAAGUUGUCCGAGACCUUCUUGCAGAUCUACCAGUAUGUGCCCAAGGACCAGCGCCUGCCGGCCAUCCAGGCGGCCAUCAUGCUGCUGCCCGACGAGAACAGGGAGGCGCUGCAGACGCUGCUGUACUUCCUGAGCGACGUCACCGCCGCCGUCAAGGAGAACCAGAUGACGCCCACCAACCUGGCCGUCUGCCUGGCGCCUUCCCUCUUCCACCUCAACACUCUCAAGAGGGAGAAUUCUUCUCCGAGGGUCAUGCAGAGGAAGCAGAGCUUGGGCAAACCGGACCAGAAGGACCUGAACGAGAACUUGGCCGCCACGCAGGGGCUGGCCCACAUGAUCGCCGAGUGCAAGAAGCUGUUCCAGGUCCCCGAGGAGAUGAGCCGCUGCCGGAAUUCGUACACGGAGCAGGAGCUGGGCCCCCUGAGCCUGGAGGCGCUGGGCCGGCUGAGCCGCGAGGAGGCCGGAGACUACCGCCACUUCCUCCAGGACUGCGUGGACAGCCUCUUCAAGGAGGUCAAGGACAAGUUCCGCGGCUGGGUCAGCUGCUCCACCGCCGAGCCCGCCGAGCUCUCCUACAAGAAGGUGAGCGAGGGUCCCCCCCUGCGUCUGUGGCGGUCGUCCGUGGAGGUCCCGGCCGGGCCCGAGGCCGUGCUGAACCGGCUGCUGAAGGAGCAGCGUCUCUGGGACGUGGACCUCCUGGACGCCAGGGUCAUCGAGACGCUGGACAGCCACACGGACAUCUACCAGUUCGUGCAGAGCAGCAUGGCCCCGCACCCCGCCCGCGACUACGUCGUCCUCAGAACAUGGAGGACCAACCUCCCCAAGGGAGCCUGCGCGCUGCUGCUCACCUCCGUGGACCACGACCGGGCGCCCGAGGCCGGGGUCCGGGUCAACGUGCUCACGUCCAGGUACCUGAUCGAACCCUGCGGCUCGGGGAAGUCCAAACUCACCUACAUGUGCCGGACCGACCUGAGGGGCCACAUGCCAGAGUGGUACACGAAAGCUUUCGGACACUUGUGCGCCGCCGAAGUGGUGAAGAUCCGAGACUCGUUCGGCCCCCGGCACCUCGAGGCCAAGGACGCCAAAGCCAGGUGACCCCGGGCCUUCCGCCGGCCGGAGACCGCGCCGGCCCUUCGCCGAGGGCGAGCGGGUCCGUGCGGAGACGGGCGGGAUGCCCGCCGACGUUCUCGGCAGCGGGCGCCGGUGGCAGGAUUGCUUCUGAGAAGCGCGACUUCAAACUGAGCCGGGGUGUGGAAGGGAUGUGGCGGACGUAUCAGCGUGCGUGAGUGUGUGUGCGCGUGCGGGGGCCGGCCCGUCGGGGCGCACCCUGGGUCCAACCCCCGUGAGAAAUCCAUCGGGUCCCACGCGUCGGGGGUGGGUGGGGA